AUGUGAUUUGUUUGUUAGUAGAGAUAUCUUCCUUAAUGGCGGCUUCGCUGUUGAUUCAAAGUAUUAUCACUCUUAUUAUUUAAUGAUAAUUUCUCAUCGUAUAGUAUCGUAUAUGCAAGAUGGCGGAACAGAGCCAACAAGAUUUUAAUAGAAGUGCGUUGACAGUUCGAUAUGGACGGGCUUGGUACACAGGACAACGGGCAGAAAAGAUACCUGGAGGAUUAGUGGGUGUUGUUGGCGAUAAUUGUACAAGUUUAGAUCUGUCUUAUAAUGAACUAACCUCUAUUACUGCUGUCAAAUACUUCGAAAGUCUACAGGAACUGAUACUCGAUAAUAAUAAACUUCGGGAUUUAAAGACAUUACCUCGUAUACUAAAUUUGACCACUCUCAGUUUAAACAAUAACAAGAUAACAGAUAUAGACAACGCAUUGAAGAGAAUACAGGAAUGUUGUCCAAAAGUAAUGUACGUGAGUUUACUGGGUAAUCCAGGAUGCCCCGAUCAGUUAACGAAUCCAACGUCAACCGAUGACGAGGAUUAUAAUCGUUAUAGACUCUAUGCUAUAUAUGCAUUACCUUCGACACUUCGGUUUUUGGAUUCACGUCCAGUGACGAUACAGGAACGAAAAGAUGCUGAAAGACGAGGAAAAUAUUCGAGGACUAUUAAAAUGGUUCCAGAUUUAUCACAGAAAUUCGUUUCAAAUACAUUAGAAGAUUUUGAUGAUAUAUUCUUCAAUAUUCAUUAUACUCCUUUGCCAAGAUCAAUCCGCAAUCCUCUUGAUCAUAAAGGAGCAUUUGGAAAAUGUAAAUAUCGAUAUUCUGGAAAGAAUUCAGAAGGAAACCGGUUCAUUUCUAAUAAUGAUCUUUGAAUAUAAAUCGAGUAAGUCAAGAUAUUUUUGUAUAUAUGUUGCGAUUUUGUUUUUUUUAUAAAUGAGAAAAAAAACAGCAAUUAGAUUCGUAGAACUGGCAAUGAAUGAAACGAUGCACAAAUCAAAUUUUCUUGAUAUUUUUUUUUUCUCGUUUUUAACCAAAAAUCUCAUCUACGUGCCUGAUUAUUUGUUCAAUAUUUACCUAAUAGAUGUUAAUUUUUUAUACAUAUAUACAUCGAAUAAAAUAUAAUUCAUUAUGAGUAAACGUACAAAAUUUUAUUAUCACGUACACUGAUGAGUGACAUAAAUAAAUGUCAAAGACUCUCCAUUUUGUUCCGAUCGAUCCGAGCGCCACAUUAUCCUUCGAAGAAACGGUCUCAAGAGAAACAAAAAACGCGCGCGUGUUUUGAAUUCCAAAACUCUGUUUUUUUCUUCCUGCUAUCGUAUUAGUUUUAUUAUCAUAAUUUAAUGUUAUUGGUCCUUAAACAUACACAACAUAAUAGUCUCGCAACAAUAUUUUCCACGCGCAGUUCGAUCCUCCUGACAAGCUACGAACAAACACAGCACAUUCAAUU